CGCGAAGCUUUUUCUUUAAAAACAUUGUCGGACAUAAGGAAGUAGGAAAGCACAGAGGGAUCGAGAGAGGGCAGAGGAACAGGAAACAACACAUCAUUAAACUUUAGCUGCAUUAUAGAAACAUGGAGGUCACUAAAGUAGCCACAGAGUGCAGAGAUACGUACAUUUAUAGCUAAAUAAUCAUGUAAAUAUAUUUCAAUGGAGAGAAACAGCGAGGAAGAGGCAGCUACUGAUGAAGAGGAUGAAGACCAGGCAGCCUGCAGGUCGGAGGAUGGAGAACAGGACGGGACGCCUGCGUGUCAGACAUCCACAGGUGGAGUACCUGACGCUUCUGUGGACACUUUAGCUCUGAGGCUCUGCAGAGAACUCGUGCACCGGGUUCAGGAUUUGAAGUCCGAGAGGGAGACCAGACCAACGGUCUCAAGUGGUGUGAUGUCUGAAAUUCAGGCAGAGAGAGGAGCUCCCUCCGUGUCUCCCUCCAGCCUCGUGGACACGUGUGGUCCCUCCACAUCGAGCCUCUCCUCCUCUUACUUCUCCACCCAUAAUCACCCCGGUGUUUCCUCUUCCUCUUCAUCAUCUUCCUCUGUCUUGUCUUUGACUCCCCUCUUGCCUCCUUCGGUGGAGCUCUCAGCUCUGUUGACUGAUACGAGGCUGACCCUGGAUGUGUACAAGGGAGGAGCAGCUGCCCUGCCUCUGCUUUGGGGGUCUAUCCCGGGGCCGCUGAGGGGCCUCCGGUACCUGAGACUGGGCUCUGAGGAGAAGCCAGGCCUGGAUGAUGCACUGGAUGCCCUGACCCACCUGACAGAGCUGCGUUCACUGGCUGUUCGGGGACACCGUUUUUAUGAUUCCCAGGGUGACCCGCUGCCUGGCCUCCUCACCACUCUGCCCACAUCUGUCUCCCACCUCUCUCACCUGGUGCACCUGGAUCUCUCCUUCAACCAGCUCACCUGUCUGCCACCCUGCCUUCUCAGCUUGCCUGCGCUGUCCUCUUUGCUUCUCUGUCACAACCACCUCUCAGAUUUGCCUCCUGGUGUAGGCCAGCUGUCCUCCCUCACCUACCUUUCCCUCCUGGACAACGAGCUGGUCUCCCUCCCCGUGAGUCUGGGUCAGCUGAAAGCACUACAGACGCUGGAUAUUUCACAUAACCUCCUGCAGCAGCUACCUGAUGAAAUUGGUUCUCUAGAGGACCUUGUUAAGCUGGAACUGUCCCACAACAAGCUGAAGCAGCUACCAGAGAGCAUGGGCUCCCUCCUCACCCUCAGGGAGCUUGUCAUCUCCAGCAAUGGCCUCCGCCUGAUCCCACAUUGUCUGAACAAACUGCCUCUGCUGAAAAUAGAUGUGCGUGACAAUCCUUUGGGAAAAACCCCGACCCCUCCUCCUCUCUCUCCUACACCUGAUCAACAAGAAACGACAAUUCAAGAGUUGCACCUCGGAUUUAACCAACACAGUUUCUGUGUUUCGCCUGCUGGGUGUCAUGUGUUUCUCCCAGGGGGGGCUGAGCUGCUGUUCCCCCCAGGCUGCCUGGGGACAACCACAAGACUGAAGUGGGCUGAGAAAAUGCCAGAUAGGAAGUGGGUGUGGCUGGAGGAGCAUGACAUCUUGCUGAGUCGUCCAUUGGAACUUCGUCCUCAUGGAAUUACAUUUCUGAAGCCUGUGGAGGUGUGUGUGCCAUACCAUCGGACCAAAAGAAGGGAGGUGGUGGUGCAGAGGUUUGACGGACAGUCAUGGAGCACUCUGCCCACGGUCCCGAGGAGAGGCAGCGAGCGUCACAGCAGCCGCCCCGGAGGACGUCCAGCCAGGCUGGCCUGCUGUGCAGUGAGCCAGUUCUCCUGGUUUAUGGCAGUGUCCCGUCCAGUAAAGGACAGUUGCUCCGUUACACCAGCCGGAGCUCUGCUGGUAUCCAGCGCUGACGGUGGAGUGAAGCUCCGCUUCCCCCCAGACUCCACGGUGCAGACCCGCACGGUAACACUCCAGGUGCUGCAGGUGUCUGUGUCAGAGGUACAGGCACUGUGUGGUGAUCCUCAGGCCAGAGUUAGCCCUCUACUCUGCCUCUCACAGAGCCCCAGCAUACAUUUCCUACAGGCUGUCGAAGUUCAGGUUCCUCUGCCAUCAGGAGUCACAGGCCACACAGUGGAUAUGUCCUGUUUGUAUCUGCUACACGGAGACCCAACUGCCCAAACCUGGACUGACAUUACAUCGCAAGUCUCUCUCAAAGUCACCUAUUUGUAUGCCAUUUUCAACAUUACACAUUUCUCCUGGUACUGGCUGUGGUACACCACUCAGCGGUGUGUUAGCGGGGUGGUCAGGAAGGUCUAUCAAAGGCUGAAACAGUUUAAAGUCCAGUUCCUCGUCCUCCAGAGGAAGACUGAUCCUUCACAAGUUAUGCUGCAGUGCUUACCUACUAACAGGGUGGACGGCAGAGUGCAGUCUCUGUCAGAGCAGUAUGAGGGGCCUCAGCCCUCAGACCUGUGUGACCUGCUGGAGGGAGAGCAGUUCUUCGCUGGCUUUGAGAGGGGCUUGGAUAUCAGCACAGAGAGACCAGACUGUGUGGAGGGAAGACUGUGUUUUGUGUUUUACUCCAGCCUGAAGAAUCUGAAGGAGGUGUACAUCUGUCCAGCUCAGGGUCAGAAGGGGCCAGUGAGGGGACAAGUGUCUUUUUACAGAGGAGAGUUUCCCAAUCUGCCAGAGGAAGUGGUGAAAAAGAGGAAAGGACCUGACAGCCAGUGGCUUGCAACAUUACCACUGAGGCUUCCUGCUCUAAAUUCAGAGAAUAAUUUCAUCAUGGAAAAGCUCCAGUAUCCUCCUCUGAACCUGGGUGACCCAGAGAGCGGCUACCUGACGGAGGCCAACCUGCUGUCCAUCUCCCUCCAGAUAGGACAAGACUGGCGUGUUAUUGGCAUCAAUCUUGACUUAAGCUACCAGGAGCUGGACCGCAUCCAGUACAAGUACAGGGACAACCUGGGAGCCUUAGUGCUGGACAUGCUGUUCCUCUGGGCCCGGGGACAGAGGAGUGCAGGACCGGGAGCGGUGUCGAGGCUGGUGACCGCCAUGAUGGAGAGCGGCAGGAGAGACCUGGCCGAAGAGAUUGAGGACAUUGUCUGUAUAGGAAGGAGGAAGUACUCUGAGUCACUGAGGAGAGUGGGCCUGGAAGAACCCCGUAACACAGGAGUAGAUGAACCUACGCUGGGUGCAGAUGGCUGAUUUACACUUGAGUAACCUGUUUGUUUACAAUGUGUCCCCGUCAUCUCAUCCUGCUGUCCAAACAACUGUUCUGGUGUAGAAAAGAAUCUCUCUUAACACCAUCAUGAGAGCCAGUUAACAGCUGGUGGCUGGACAUAUAUAAUGGAUGGACUGCGUAAAGAUGAUGGCCUGAGGCCAUGUUUUUCUUUCUCCACUUUUUAAAAACGGUCUCAGUUUUCAACACUAUGGAAACCCAUUCCUGUCGGGAAAAGAUAAACAUUUGUGAUAAGUUAUAUAAGAUGAAACAUGUAAAUACUCAUGGUAAAUCAAAAUGAUGAAGUCACAAGUCAUAGUUGUGCUUUGUGUGUCAUCAUUUUGACUUAAUACCUCAUAUUUGUGACUUAACAUCUCAACAUUUUGGCUAAUAAGUCUGAAUUUGGCGUUAUUAAGUAUUAAUUGACUUUAAUAUAAUUUUGACUCAGUAUCCCAUUAUUUUUGACUUACCACGAGUAUUUUUAAUCCAUUUUUAUAUUUAUUUUUUGAUUUCUUAGCAGAAAUUUGGCAAUCACAAUAAGCUGUUUUGCACAGAGUUAAGAGGCAGAGCAAACACUGGGAGCUGCUGGACUACGGAGGCCUGGACUACUUACUGCAAGUGCAACAGGAGGCCAUGUUUAUGGUUGAUUAAAUAUCUUCCUUGUGUGCCUUUGGUCACCUAGAAACCAGUUGAGCUGCAGCACAUAUCAAUGACAUUUAAUUUAUUUUAAAUGCAAGUAUGAAUUUCCACUAUUUUCAUCUCCAGUAAAACUGUUAAGUAAAGGAAUGUGUCAGCUGUUUUUUUCCCGAAGUUGAAGCUGAGAGUCCU